CAAUAAUUCCAUGAAAAAGUAAAUAAGGUUUGGUUGCGUUACGCACCAAGGAUUAACACAAAUGCAUUGCGAGGGAAGUUGUCACGCUCUGUACAUUUUUAUUUGCAUUUGGGAUACUGAUCAUCGAUCACCAUUACGUUUUUGGUUUGCGGAUAACUAUUCGUAAUUACACUUCAACUUGCCAUUGGUUUGAAGAAAACCCGCAGAUAAAGGAAAAGCGACUAGGCAAAGGGUUUCUUAAGACCUUUUAAUCCGAAAUUGAUUACAAAGUUUCAGGCGAAGGACGAUACUUGCUGUAGUCCCGACGAGAUGCCUUCCUGCUGUAAAACAACUUGUACCUGGGCGCAAAACCUCAAGGUUGGUCCUGAAUAUCGACAGUAUACAGUUCAGCUAAUCCGAGAAAUCGGCUGUUUUUGUGAAGAUUACCGUAUCUACGUGAACGGGCACGAAUUGGAACACCACGGUUUGACUUACAAUCCGUGCAGUCCCCUGUGCUGCGGUGGCGGCCAGUACGAGUGGGAACAAGAUGGCCACUCGUUCUUGCUUAUUUACAACUCUCUGUCGUGGACGAACUACUUUGGAGGAUUUCGACUUUUUAUAGAUGGAACAGACGUGAACACUGGGCGAGAAUUCUCGUCGUUUUGGCGGCGUCGUGGUUGGCAAGUGGUUUUCGCCGGCCUAGUGAUGUUGCUACUCGGCACGGCUCUUUCACUGAUCUUCCACUAUGCAUUCUUGUCGAAGCAAAGAUCUUGGAUAUCGGUUGGUUAUGCUUUGGUUUUUGCUGGCUUGUUUUAUAUUUUCUUCGGGCUUAUUCCAAUUUUGCGGUACCGAAAACCAAGAUACGACAGAUCUGCCACUAUGGAGUACGUAGCUAACACAGUAUGAGACGAACAUUUUCAAGAGGUUGCCCGUGACUUGCGGUGAAGACACCCGAGUGUUUCAAGGUACCAGAAGCUUUGUAGCUACAACAGAUCAAGAAGCACUUAAUUCCUUUCAAGACCUUGAACAUAACGUGUUUGGAUCAAGUUUGUGUACAACAUUUUUAGUUAAGCUCAAGCUUAAAUAUCAGACUUCACUACAACUUUCUUUUACGUGGAUCGCGCUAUCGGAUAGAAAAUUUCCGUGAUGGAGAGAAUAGUAGUAUUCAUAUUAGCUGACAAUGAAAGCGGUUUCGUUUCACCGACACUUAGCAAUUAGCAGUGAUUGAUUGUAAAGCGAGAAUCAUCUAUGAUGAAAAGCUGCUUAAAUCAGCUGUCAGAUUGAAAAGUUAAAUGUAAUUGAAAUUAUCAAAACAUUCCAUCCUAGCUCUUUUCUUAUUUAUUGCAAGUCAUCAUGUAAAUAAGCUUAAUUUUCUCAUUUUAGCUACUGCAUUUUUUUUAUCAUUUGAACAGGAAAAUGAUAUAGCUGUGUGUAAUUUGAAAGAUUUUAGUGGGUAACUUUCAACGACCCUUCAGGAAUGUGGUUUAAAUGAGAAGUGAUGGGUGAUUCAGUUUUCGAGAAAUCAGUAAGCUUUUGUUUUGGUUACGAAAAUUCAAUGAAAAAAAAACUGUCUGCGUUUUCUGCAUGGUUAUUAUGCUCUUAAACUGUUAAUAUUAUUUAUGUGCGUUGAAUAGUUUUUGGAGCUUGCCAUUAUUUUAUUUAAGACUGAGUGUUAGUUUUGUUGAGUAGGAUUUUUUUUGGCCAUGGAAAGUCUUCACUAUUAAAGCAUCUCUUUACAGAUACCUUCACAAUAUGGA